AAGGUAGAACUCAAGGGCAACAAAAAUUUUAUAUUGUCUUUAUAGGUCUUUUAAGCCCAUAUUCUGAACAUAUUGACCUCAAGUUGUCAGAGACAGAAGUCAUAGAAGUGCCUGAAUGAAGGGUGAUGCAAGAGUCAAAAUCACAACCCAAGACACUGGGAAGUCUCUUGAGGUUGAGCUUAAUGCAAAGCAAAAGGAGGUCAGUGCAACAGCAAAUGAGUAUCUAAAACUAAGACCCAUGAUUCUUCAGAUGUCAUGUUAUGCAAGAGGUGAUGGAGCUGCUAUUUGCAUGCAAGGGGAUACUGUGAUAUCUGCACAAGCAACAGGACCAGCAGAAGUGAAGCUACAAAAGGAGAUUAUGGACAAAGCCACCAUUGAAGUGAUAUUCAGGACUAAGAGUACUGGCACUGGAGGAAAUUAUGUACUGCUGGAGAAGUCAGUUCGUGAUGCAUGUGAGACAGCUAUCCUGACAACUCUCCAUCCUCGCUCUGCUAUUUCCAUUAUACUUUUGGAAAUGCAAAAUUAUGGCUCACUUCUGUCCUGUUGCCUGAAUGCUUGCUGCCUUGCUCUUCUGGAUGCAGGAGUUCCAAUGAAUUCCACUUUUGCAGCAGUCACUAUUGGCAUUUCCAAAGAUGAUGAUCUCAUUGUUGAUCCUGAUGACACACAGGAAGAAGAAUGUGAGUCUUUGUUGACCUUUGCAUUUGAGAGCCAGAAUCUGGAACUUGUAGCCUCUCAUGCAGAUGGCCAGUUCACUGCAGAAACAUUCAUCAAGUGCAUGAAAUUGGCCUGUGAAAUCUCCCAGGAAAUUUUUCAGGAAUUUCGGAAGUGUGUGAAGAAGCAGCAUAUUGAAAUUGAAAAAGAAGGUCCAACUUGAGAAGAAUGCUGGUGGUGACUUCAAGCCAUGACAUCUAAAUCAUUUCGAGCUUCAUGGGAAGUCAACAGGCUGUGUGUUCAUGGUUUGAGAGUCUAUGUUCAUUCUGAAAGCCUGAAUGAAAAUAAAUUUAUUAAAAUCCUUUUGAUAGAAUGAACAUCUGGCAAUAAAAUUGGCAUUUCAUC